AUGAACGUAUGGAGGCAUAUCUGUCAAUCGGUUACCAAAUGGCUUCUGCAUCCAUGGCGCACAAAUAGGCAUCGACGAUCACCGAAUAGCUCAAUGCUUCCCCACAUCCUCCCCCUCCUGCAGCUGAGCGCUCUAUUUCUCCCAGCAUAUGGGCAUAGAGGGCCUCCCGCUUGGUAUACGCGGAACAAGAACACAAUCCAAACCAUCUACAACUUAACAAUCUAUCCCGCAAACGCUGUUAUUAUAACCCAGGGCGCUGCCGCCGUCCCUCCGGGGCUCUUUGCCACCAAUGCUACAGGACGUGUGGCUCCCGUCGGCGAGUUCGAUGGAUUUCAAGAUUCCAUAGAGUACUUUUGGGGUCUUGCACCUUUACCCAACACCGGCGGCGUCAUCGUCAGCGCGACACUCCAAGAGUUCACAUCCGGCUGCCCCGAGGUGGCCGCAAGCACCGUCUACCUGCGAAUCAACUCGGUCAACGAUGAUGGGUCUGAUGCUGGAUUUCUGACCACCCUCAAACAGACUGCGUUUUGGAAUUUCGACUCUACGGGUGCCGUCCAGCGGUACGAUGCGUUCAUUCCCAAUCUCGAUCCAUUGGCCAGCUUAACCCAUGGGUUUGGAGAUAACGUCGACGCUGGGGUCGGCUUGUUUAGCCCUGCCGGGAUGGCAAAGCUUAUUGGGGCUGUUUGUGAGGCGCAGGCGCAGACCUGCGUUGGACCAGACCAGGUCUACUCAGACGCCAACGACUGUAUCGCAACGCUGUCUGCAAAACCAUUUGGACGCUUCGACGAAGCAUGGGGCGACAACGUUGCCUGUCGCUCAAUCCAUGUUCUCCUGACCUCAAUUCGCCCAGAUGUGCAUUGUGCGCAUGUGGGACCCACGGGCGGAGGAAAGUGCAUCCAGAAGCACUACACAACGGAUUACUUCGAUGAUACCCAACUAUUCGGACCCAAGAAGGUUUUCAGCUGCGAAACUUACUGGUAG